CAUAGCCAGUACGAAGCCCAAUUGAAGAAAUGGGGCUGGGUAAAAAACUUGAGCAAAACGGAGUGGAACCUGGUUCUGCCUUUAUACCAUUGGUUGAAGGAACAACAGAUGGAUGUUCGAGUCAGAGUCUCUGGUAGACCCCUGGAAAAGGCUAGGCUUGAGAGGGGUCGUCGAUACAUCAAGAUAAGAUUCGAUGACGGUCUCGUUCCGCCACCAACCGGGUGGCUUUCAAUGUCGAACUACCGCCAUAUAACUAUCGAGACGCGUGAAGCGAAUAGAGAAUGGUCACAGUACCCAUCGUUGGACAACACAGGAGAUGUACCAGGCCCUGGCUUGAAUCCAGAUUUGGAUCUCUUACCUGCUGAACUCAUGUUGCAAGACAUGCCGCCACAAGAGAAUGUCCUAGGAUUUGACAACGGAACGCUCAUUCAAGCUACCCUCAAUGGUUCGGAGACUAUCGGAGCAUUUCCCGUUCACAUGGUGGAUUCGUGGUUCAAUGCCCGCGAAACGCCCCUCGACAACAUAAUCAAGCCACAGUUUGGUGACAACCACCCAAUUACGCAUCCUCCCAACAAUUAUCAGAUACCAUGUAUAUUGUGGGAGCUCCCACCGUUCUUUCAAUUCCUUCUAGAAAUGCCCGCGAUGACUCUGCUUGAGAAUACGACAAGAAUUGGCGCGAGCAUUGAAUUGGUUUCACAGCGCCUCGUUGAGCUUGUACAAGAGAUUGAAUCGCAGAGUGACCUGUUUGCAAUAGCUUUUGGUGCCAACAGUCUUCCCUAUGCGAUUCUGUACUCCAUAGCCAAUGGGUUUACUGGGCUCUCCGAGGUUCCGGCUUCCUCGGUGGUAAAACUGCUGAGAAGUGAACCGCACGUGUACGCGACGAUGCACAAACUUCUUCUAGAUGCCUCGGCUCUCAUUGCGAAGCCUUUCGCUGAAAAUCUACUAAAAGCAUCCGUGGAAGCUGCGGAUGCGGAAGCUGUUCGAGUGAUCGCUGGAACCAUGAUGCAGAGAGGGAUUAAGAUCGACACAAAUGAACUCGUCUGCGAGUGCGACGGAAUGUUUUUCACCCCGGCAGAGCUUGCGGGGAAACUUCGAAACGUUGACCUGCUUCAAGUCCUGCUAAAAUUCGGCGCAGACCCAAAUAAGAGCUUAAAGAAUGAUACGUCUGCCAUUCGUGGCGCAUUGGAUUGGGCGCUGAAUGUCAAAAAUGUGAACGGGGUUUUUUUGGAAGGCGAAAUCGAACCAUCCUUCGCGCUUGUCCAAAUGCUCGUCGAGGCUGGUGCCAAAGUUAACGUGUAUUCCCUCUUACGUUCAGCGGAUUGGUGCCGCGACUCUCGAAUCCUGGCGUUGAUGCUCAAAAAGAUCACGGAUGAUCAACAUGACAAGCUGUUGCAACAUCUGCCAGACUUGGUUAAAAAAAUCGACAACGAUCUAGGCAUACAGGCGACACAGACACUUUUCCAACUCUUGAAAGGAGACGGCUGUCAAUGCAGCAGUUACAUUUCUCCGGUCUCUAAACAUCAUCUUCAAAGGUCACUCAAUGAAGCAAUUACUCACCAAAACUUGGAACUUUGCCAGCUCAUUCUCAAUCACACCGUUCCAGGGCCCUCUGCGCUCCCUCUGGCUAUCGGGAAAGGGGAUCGUAGAAUCGCCAGCCUUCUUAUCCAACACGGAGCAUGUGUGAGCGAUGUUGCUGCUAGAGAAGGGGAAGCACCAAGUGAAUCAUACAUUGGGGGUCCACUCGCUACACCGCUAGGGGAGGCCAUUCGGCUGCAGGAUCCGUCUAUGCUACAAUGGGUGGAACAGCAAGGGGCAUGGACCUUUGUAUCGGACGAAAAGUAUCUGGAAUCUGUAGCAGAAGCCGCCACUAGCGUCGGGAAUAUGGCUGUACUGGAGCGGUUAUUUGCCAUGGAUGUCGUCCGUGACCGUGAUCCAAGCCCGAAUUUUCGGAACGCGCUGGAGGCUGCGACUCACAAAGAACACAUCCCGAUUGUGCAGCUAUUACUAGAUAACGGUGCCAGACCCGAUGAAACGAUACUGGAACUUGCUCUCAAGGCCAAAGAUGGAGAACUCGUUCGAAUGAUUCUGGACAGCGACAUCGCAUUUUCUUACUCCGGGUCUGAGGACCCGGGGGCCACCUCCGCUUCCGAAGAUUACAGGUGCGCACUAGAGCUUGCGAUUGAAUGGGGGGAUACGCAGAUAAUUGAAGAGCUGAUUUUUGCAAAAGCCCACCACAGUAUGCCGCAGCAAGGGUCGCGAGGACUCUGCGCUGCCAUCAGAACAGGAAACGUCGUAUUGGUCGAUCUGCUGUUAUCAGCUGGUGUUAGUCCCGAUGCUGCCUACUGGUAUCAAGAUUCGAAAAGCCAUUUGGUUCGAUCCAUAUCACCCCUGUUCACGGCAGUUAAGAGUGGAAACGAGGGAAUGGCACGUCAUUUACUUCAGAAAGGCGCAGACCCAGCAGAUGCCACCGCCCUCAGUCUCGCCAUCGAACUAGAUAAGACAUCUUUAUUCAGAACGCUGCUUAGAGCCUUUCGACAGUCAUAUCCCACUGGACGUUCGGAUUUCGGGGCCGACCCAUUAAUCAGAGCGAUAGAAAAGGAGGGGUGCCCGUAUUUCGAAGAGCUUCUUGAGGCUAAGAUGAAUGUCAACCAUGUGUCACGAAGGCACGAGUGUACGCCACUUGGCAGCGCUGUCGAACGCCAUGGCACUGCCUAUCUGGGAAUUGCUGCCAGGCUGCUGGAAUCUGGGGCUGAUCCUAAUGCCAUCGCACGAGUGGACAGACUGAGGGAUCGGUUUUAUUACAUUGAUGCCUUGCUGCCGCCAAAGACCGCACUGCUCAUAGCGAUUGAAGCCGGAAAUAAAGACAUGGUGGAACUCCUGUUGAGAAAUGGUGCUGACGUGAACAAGGAAGCCCGGCGAGGUAUAACGCGAACACCACUACAAAGUGCCUGCCAGAGAAGAAGCCUGCCGAUUGUUCAGCUGCUACUUAGAUGGGAUGCAGAUGUUAACGCCCCGCCGUCUUUCCGAAACGGAGGAACUGCUCUGCAGCUUGCUUGCUUGUCUGGCAGUAUAAAAAUCGUCCGGCAUCUAUUGUCUAUUGGUGCUAAUGUUUUUGGCCCAACUUCUGCUGCCAAUGGGCGAUCGGCCCUUGAGAAUGCGGCAGAGAACGGACGUUUGGAUGUCAUCAAGGUUCUCUGGGACGCAACGGGAGGCUGCGGAUUCCCAGCGACUGAGGUAGCAAGAGCCCAUCGUUUCGCAAGGGCUAGAGGCUUCCCGGGCUGUGCAGAAUAUGUCGCCAAACUGGCAGAAGCGUCUUUGCUUGAUUUCUCCAUGGCAAUAAGGCCC